AACAGCUUUUGGAUUUUAUGUUUGGCAUUUUGCAUCCAAUCAAGCCUCUGUUCUAUAUAAUGGAGAAUAUAAUAUUGCAUAUUUUUAAUCAAUGCCUUUCUGUUGGGUACUCAUGUACUGUGAAAUUUAUGAUUUAGGAGGCCAUGCUAUUUGGGAAGGGAGGUCAACUUCCCGAAACAUGCAAGCAUGCAACUAUAACUCAAGGAGCUGACACGUGAUGCAAACUCAAAUCUGAACCACAUUAACUGCAAAGUUGUGCAAAGAAUUACCCAUGCUCUUCAGGAUGAAUGGGAAGAAGAAAUCUCUUGUUCUUUUUGAUACUGAAGAGCAGGUCACUGCAGUCCUUUUGUGUAAUCAUUCCUACUCACUUGGCGGGUCCAUUAUGCGGAUUUCACUCUCAGCUACAGUCAAAGAGAAAACUUGCAUUAAUUUGCUUAUGGUUUGGAGCUGCAAUGGUGUGCUAGGACUAGAGAUUCAUUGCUUCCCAGGAUAUUUAUAUGGGUGGUGGCUCAUCUUUGGUCUCUUCUUUCAAUGUAUGCUGGUUUAAUUGCUUUGACAGUGUUGGAAACUAAAAUUUUCUUUGAUUGUCAUCUUUACUCGCUCCUAGUUCUUGUACCAUACUUUUUACGAUCCUUAGAAUUUCAGGGUGGGCUUUUUUGCUUUGCUGAUCAGAUAAGUUUUGAGGAAAAAGGAGGACAAAAUGUACUACACUACACUGUGACCCGUUCUUCUCUUGGCUUAGAAAGUCGGUGUUGGCAUCUUGUUGGUUGAUGAGUUAGUUGCAUAGACUUAUGUAUUGCCACUGCUAUGAUUACCAAUCAAUCUAAUUCAGCUUA